AUGUCGGGUCUCGAGAAUGCGCUUUUUAACCUCAAGUUCACGGCCAAGUCGCUGAACAGGCAGGCGCUCAAAGCUGGCAAGGAGGAGCAGGCCGAGAAGACCAAGCUGGAAAAGGCGAUGAAACAAGGCCACAACGACAUUGCACGCAUAUACGCCGGAAACGCCAUCCGCAAGCAGAAUGAGAAGCUCAACCUUCUACAACUUGCCUCGCGCGUCGAUGCCGUCGCAGGCCGCGUGCAAACAGCAGUCACAAUGCGACAGAUUACAGGCAACAUGAUGAAGGUCAACCGGAGUCUAGACGUGGCUAUGAAGUCUAUGAGUCCAGAGAGGAUUGCCUCCGUCAUGGUCGAUUUUGAGAAGCAGUUCGAGAACGUAGACUCCGCCACCGAACUCUAUCAGGACAUCACCUCCUCCGCGACCGCAGUCGGCACACCACAAGAAGACGUCGACCGCCUGAUGGCGCAGGCAGCGGACAAGGCCGGCGUAGAUCUACAGCAAGAUCUCCAAGAAGCCACACCGGCUAAGACCAAAGUUGGGCCCACUGAACAAGAAGAGGAAGCGUUUACCGAGAGGCUGCGCGCUCUAAGGAAUUGA